AGAAAGCAGAAACUGAAUAUUUCGGUGGCGGUGACUGAUAAGCCGGUGUCGGUGUCGGUUGGCAGGAUGUGGAGUAGUACUCCUGUGGUGUGGGCACCAGCAGUCUGCGUCUAACAUCCAAACAGGCAAGAGGCUUACGGCCAGACAUGCAACAGCAGACCAGUGCCGCUGGAGCUGGUUCGUUUUGACGCUUCAAAUUGCAACUUGAGUGAGAAAGUGCGCGAGCAGCAGAUCCAGAAGAAGAGACGGAACCAUCCGCAACUCUAUCUCUAUUUUUAGUGGAUAUUUGCAAACAAAAAUGGACGAUCGUGUGACGCUUUGUGGCGCGGAAGGGUGUUCGAUUGGUUGCAGUUCAAUGAACUAAUAAAGGCGUGACACAUACCGCCCAAACGCACGUGUGCCGAGCCCGCUGUGUGCCACGAGGCGAAAGAAAAUGCACUUAGUAUCUUAGUACAAUCGUGAUUUGUUGACGGGACUGUGGUUUGUUGAGAUCGAAUUUGUGUGCUGCCGAUAGCCUGCGACGCCUUGCAAGCACAGUAUCAGGUAUUGUGUGACUGAUCCUCGUGUGUGUAUGCGUGUGUGAGAGAGAGUGUGCACUUGGUCGUGUUUUCCGACCAAGAACAUCCAGCGAAAGCCGACUUUACUUCAACUGGCAACCCGUAAUGGUUGCCAAGCGCGAUUCUUCAUCUAAAUAAGUGAUCGUUUUGUGAUAAGCAGCCAUCGUUUUUCGAUUCGUCAGUUUUGCAAACGUAUGUUUUGCUGCAGCGUUCGAAAUAUUGGCCGAAUCAGUCGUGUGGUUUGUGGUCCGUCGUGCCUUAGAAAGAGGGCGUUAGAGAUCAGGGGUCGCCAAAGUAGAAGGUUUGUGAAUCAUUUUGGUGUGCGAGAAGCUAGAGCAUCGGCAAGUGUAAUGUCUACGUGGGAAACGAUCGCCAAUGAGAGCUGGGCCGUUGUUGAUAACCUUGACGGCAUGCCACCGGUUGCCGGCCGGAGCAGCACGGAUGUUACGCUAAUGUGGCAAAACUUGACCAUAACGCCCGUGCGAAGUACGCCAUCGUCUGGCGGCGGUGGACAACUUCCGGUGCUGAACGACAUCAGCGGUACGCUGCAGCCGGGAACGCUCGUGGCCUUGAUGGGACCUAGCGGAGCGGGCAAGACGACGCUGAUGUCCGCCCUGGCAUAUCGGAUGAGUGAUAAAAUGACCAUUACCGGAGACAUUCGCGUCAACGGAUGCCCGAUCGGACCGUUCAUGUACAACAUCAGUGGCUACAUCUACCAGGACGAGCUGCUGCCGGACUCGAUCACCGUGCAGGAGCAUCUGCAGCUGAUGGCCCAUCUGAAGCUCGGCAAGCGCGUAUCGGCCGACCGGAAGCGCACCAUGAUCGCGGACAUACUCUCCAAGACCGGACUGGAACGGUGCGCCAACACCAAGAUAGCGAACGCAUCGGGCAUAGGCAAAACGUUAUCGGGAGGCGAGAAGAAGCGCCUCGCAUUUGCGGUGGAGCUGCUGUCCAAACCAAAGUUCCUGUUCUGCGACGAACCAACGACCGGGCUGGAUUCGUACAGUGCACGGCAGCUGGUGGAGAUGAUGAAAUCGUUGACGCGUGCCGGCACAACCGUACUGUGCAGCAUCCAUCAGCCGGCCGAAAAGCUGCUGUACGAGUUCGACAGUCUCAUCCUGCUGACCGGUGGACAGACCGGGUUUAUCGGAUCGCCGCACGAAGCGGUACAGUUCUUCCGGUUGCAGGGUUUGGAGUGUGAGCAUGGCUACAAUACGGCCGACUUUCUCAUCAAGGUGCUUUCGAGCACGACCACCGCCAAAACUACCAAGGGCAAUCAGUUCACGACGGGAGCGAUCUGUCCGAAGACCAUAUGCAACAACUACAUCGCGAGCGAGGCUGCCAGACGCCAGGAGGCGUUGAUCAGUGCGGAACUGUACAGCACGGCCGUGGACGGAAGGGAUGAAGCGUUCCGGAAGCAGCUCACCAAGGCUCGUGAUCGCUGCUGGUUCUACACACUGUACUGGCUCAUGUACCGUCACGUGCUUCAGGCUCACCGGAAUCCAAACUUGCAGUAUUUCAAAAUUGCUCAACGAAUAGCUAUCGCCGUACUGGUCGGACUCUGCUUUUCGGACGCAAUCGAACUAUCGCAACGGGGCGUGCAGGCGAUGCAGGGCGUCAUCUUUCUGAUCGUCUCGGAGAACACGUUCCUGCCGAUGUACGCCGCUCUGUCGAUGUUUCCCGACAGUUUCCCACUGUUCCAGCGCGAGAAGAAGGCUAACCUUUACAGCACGGCGCAGUUCUACAUCUCGAGCAUCCUUUCCAUGAGCCCAUUCGUCCUGCUGGAGACCUGCGCAUUCAUCCUGAUCGUGUACUUCCUCGCAAACCUAAGACCAACGCUGCUCGGCCUGAUCGUCACCGUCGCCGUGUCCGUGUUGGUGAUGAACGUGUCGAUCGCUUGCGGCUGCUUCUUCUCCACGCUGUUCCCGACGGUCGCAUCCGCCAUGUCGUACUUGGUGCCGUUCGAUUACAUUCUGAUGAUCACGUCCGGAAUUUUUAUCAAAAUCUGGUCCAUGCCCAUCUACUUGCGCUGGAUGCCGUUCAUUUCCUGGAUGAUGUUCGCCAGUGAAGCAAUCUCGAUUGCCCAAUGGGACGGGGUAAAGAAUAUUGAAUGUUCCAACAUUAUUCCGAGCAUCUGUCUGCAUAACGGCGAGCAAGUGUUGGAUCAAUAUUCGUUCAGCAGCAAACAUCUACGGACGGACUUUCUGGUGCUCGUGGGGCAAUACUUUAUUUAUCAUGUCCUGGCAAUGCUGUGCCUGGCCAGGCGGGUGUCCCGCAAUUAAAAGCAAUGGAUGGUGUGUCUGCCUUCUGGUUGUUGUUAUCGAACAUACAAGCUUAUUGCAUUUUUAUGUCAUCUUCGUAUUACGUACCGUUAACUGUGGUUAGAAUAAAACAAACCAUACACUCAGUA